AUGACAAAUAAAUAUCCAUCAACAUUGAUUGAAAAAUAUCCAACAAAAAUAGCUUUUCUUAUUGAUUGUGUUAAUGGUUUAAAUAGUUUUGCAUUAUAUCCACGAUUUAUGGAUAAUUUUCCAUCUAAUAGUGAUGUAUUUUUAUUCUAUCCAAAUAAUGAACCUGGUAUGAUUCGUCGUUUAAAACGUAUUGAAGCAAGUAAUCAUGGUGUUUUCUUUUUUCCAACAUCAGAACUUGGUAUUGAUUUUAAUAUAUCAUUUCUACUUGGUCAAAUUAAUCAUAUUUAUAAUGAUUUUAUUCUUAUUGUUGAACAUCAUCCAGCAUAUGAAGAUGUAUGUCAACAAUUAAUUAAUAAUAAUGAUCAAUUAAGAGAUCAUAUACAAGUACGAUCAUUUGAACGUAUAAAUGAAUUUGAACAAUUUUUAAAGGAAAUGACACGAUUACAAAAUGAAAAUGGAAAUAAAAAAACCAAUGAAAAUCAUAAAGUUGUUAUGAAUUACUCAAAAAAACAUCUUUUUCAUGCAUGUCCAUUUGAAACAAGAUUAGAAUCAUCAAUUUUAUAUCGUUUUGGAGAAUUUCUUCAUCAUCUUGAUACCGAACAUACCAAUGUUUAUUAUGAAUAUUGUAUAGAAUGUCAACAAACAUUAGAAAAACAUAAUUUAGAAGAACAAUUGGCAUUCGAAGAACAUAUUCGAGAUAAACAUUGGGCAAGUAAUGGUUUCCAUGUUACUAUUCGACCAUUAUAA